AUGGAAUACAACUUAGGAGAUAAUCCAGUUACUGCACAUUCAUGGAAUGCAAAUAGAACUCAGAUAGCAGUAAUUCCAAAUAGUAAUGAAGUGCAAAUAUACAAAUAUGAACCAAAUUUGAGUGAUUGGACAUUGUUAGAUAAUCUAGAUCAGCAUGGACUUCUAGUAACUGGAAUUGAUUGGGCACCUAACACUAAUCGAAUUGUUACUUGCUCAGCUGAUCGUAAUGCGUAUGUAUGGACAAUUGAUGACAAGGGAAAAUGGAAACCAACUCUUGUAUUAUUAAGAAUUAGUAGAGCCGCGACUUGUGUUAAAUGGUCGCCCAAUGAAAAAAAAUUUGCCGUUGGUUCAGGAGCUCAAUUAAUAUCUGUGUGCUAUUUUGAAGUAGAAAAUGAUUGGUGGGUGUCAAAACAUAUAAAAAAGCCAAUCCGAUCUACAGUAACGGCUUUAGAUUGGCAUCCAAACAACAUGGUAUUAGCUACUGGUACUGCUGAUUUUCGAGUAAGACUGUUUAAUGUACAUAUGAAGGAAGUUGACCAGUGUCAAAAAGUAAAAACUGAAUGGGACACUGAUGAUACUUCUGUACCAAAUUUAGUUGCUGAAUUUACAAAUUCUUCUAGAGGAGGUGGAUGGAUUCAUGGACUAGCAUUUAAUAAAACUGGUAACCGAUUAUGUUGGGUUGCUCAUGAUUCAUCUAUUACUAUUGCUGAUGUUUCUAAAGGAAGCAUAGUUGUAAAUAAAUUAAAAACAAAUGAGUUACCUUUCAUAAGCUGUAUUUGGGUUUCUGAUCGAGCAUUAGUUGCUGCAGGUCAUGGAUGUUGUCCAAUGUUGUACUGCAUUGACUCCAAUAAUAAAGUGCAAUUUGUUUCUAAAAUUGACAGUUCUCAGAAAAAAGAAGCUGCUGGUUUAAGUGCAAUGAAAAAAUUUCAAAGCUUGGAUCGUCAAGCACGAAUCAACAGUGACUAUGAACUUGAUACUAAACAUCAAAAUACAUUAACAUGUUUGCGUGUUCAUACAGAGUCAAAUAAUGCCGUUUUGAAAUUCACUAGUAGUGGUUUGGAUGGGAAAAUAAUAUUAUGGGAACUCAACAGUUUAGAUAAAUUACUCCAAGGUCUAAAAAUCUAA